AUGGACACGGGACAUGUGGUCACCAUUGACCCACCGGAAAGUCCACCACCACCUCCGGUUGUUGUUGUUGAAAAACCAGCGGAGAUCCAGCGAGAAUCCAAAAGGAGGAAGACGUCAUCGGUUACCUCACCGAAGAAGUCCGACCAACCCGACUGGAUUAUCGUUUGUGAUAAACUCCCAACAAAAUAUAGAGGAGCGGUCAUUGGUGACUUCACCGAUACCAAACAACUGAAGGGUCCCUGGUCAGACAAGCACUGGCGCCAACUUCCGACUGGACAAGGGAAGUAUCAGAUCCAGCAGGCCAACUCCAAACAACUUUAUGUGACAUCGCAGCAGGACGGGCUGUACAGACAAGGACUCCUGAUGCCUACGAUGCCCAACGCGACCAUUCAUCGCAUCUUAAAGAUGGUACUGCGGGACAUCUACACAGGAGCCCUUGAACGUUACGGACAUCAUGUCAAAUUCAAACAUCAGGACGAUGUCCAGAAUCCCCAGGAGCAGACGUCGCGUGACCUCGAGGCCGAGUUCCGCUACACCCACCUUUCAAGUGAGGAGAUGGAUCUGCUUGAUGGACUCUUUCGCGGGAAGUUACAGUUGGAUGAGCUUCCUGGAAGAAAAUCUAAAGUUGUUAAACUCUUCAUCAGCUCCACUUUCACAGACAUGCAAGAGGAGCGGAAUGCCUUGGUGGAGAACGUGUACCCUAGACUACGUCAGUAUUGUCGAGACCAAUAUGGGAUGGAUUUCCAGGCUGUCGACAUGAGGUGGGGCGUUCCACCAGAAGCUAUGGACGACCACAGCGCUUCUGACAUGUGCAUGGACGAACUGAAACACUGCCAACAGUUGUCAUUUGGUCCAAACUUUGUGGCGCUCAUAGGGCAAAAAUAUGGCCAAUGUCCGCUUCCUGCAGCUGUGCAAAAGACGGAUUUCGAUGCCAUCCUUUUAAGUUUUGAAGAGCAAAAUGAAUCAUCCAAAUUACUAACAACGUGCUAUCUACGAGACCAAAAUACCAUUCCCAGCAUGUAUCGUUUGCAACAUGCCAGUGUUGUUGUUGAAAUACUUGGUAAACCAUGGAAUGAAGUUGAAGAACAAUUAAGACUCAUAUUACAUAUGGGAGCUCGCAGAGCUGUAGAGAGAGCAGAAAUGACUCGGGAGUCGGAACGAAUUCUUAGAGCAUCAGUUACUGAACAUGAGAUUUAUGCUGGCGUAAUUACUGUUCACAAGGAAAAAGAUCGGGAAAAUAACAUCGUUGUGUACUUAAGAGAAAUCGAGGACUUGAAGGAGAACACAGCGGAUAGCUUGGCUAAAAGAUACAUUGAUCUCUAUCCUGACUCAGCAGACGUCAAUAUAGAAGCGUCUGCUAGCCUGCAGGAACUAAAAGGCAAAACCAUUAGCAAGCUUCCUAUAUUCAACAUACGAAAAUCCGUCAUUAAAUGGUCUUCGAAAGGCAUUGAUUCAAAGUUACAUGCGGGCUAUCUCUUGAAGAUGUGCAAUCAUUUCUAUCGAACAGUGGAAAGUCUUGUUGACAGGAACAUGGCAAGGCGCAACAAGCUUGCCGACGAUUCUUUGUUCCACGAAGUUUCACAGCAUUGGUCAGUAGCCAAAGGAAGGUGUAACACAUUUGUUGGGAGAAAUGAACUGCUGCAGACUGUUAGAGAAUACCUUCUUGGGGAAUCGAACCAGGCACUCGUGGUGUAUGGUGAAUCUGGCAGUGGUAAAACAUCAUUCAUGGCUAAGGCUUCGUCACUAGUUAAUAGCAACAUAACAAAGAGUCCCAGGGGAGAUAUAAACCUUGCAAUUGUCUUAAGAUUUAUUGGAACUACUCCCAGAAGUUCCUCGAUUCAGCAACUGUUACAUUCCAUCAGCCAUCAAAUAGCAUACCUGACAGGCAGCUAUCGUCACAAAGUGCCAGAUGACUACACGAGCCUGAAAGCUUACUUCAUUGAUUUGUUACAGAAAGGAACUUUCAACGGUAUGCUUGUCAUAUUCUUGGAUGGAUUGGAUCAACUUUCAACAAAUAAUGGAGCGCACACUAUGGAUUGGCUGCCUUCAAGACUUGCCUCAAAUGUGAAAGUCAUUGUCUCGACAUUACCUGUGAAGGCUGCCAUAUUGGAGAGACUGCAAAGUAAGAUUUCAGACAACUAUAUUGAGGUUACUUCCUUACCAUUCUCCGACUGCCUGCAUAUUAUGAAGGUUUUGCUAGAACUCACAGACAGGGAUAUCUCCUACUCACAAUGGAAACUUGUAAAGGAGGCAUUCGAGCAUUGUACACUUCCACUGUUCAUCACACUGACAUUUCAGGAGGUCAUUCAGUGGAGGUCGUACGAUGAUAUUCCACAUGACACACUCAUGCACACUGUUGAAGCGUGCAUCCACAAACUGUUUGACAGACUUGAACGAAAGCAUGGCAAAGUAUUUGUGUCGCGAGCGCUGGGUUACAUCACUGCAGCAAAGAAUGGCCUCAGCGAAUCAGAACUAGAAGACAUAAUGUCCUUGGAUGAUGAUGUCCUAAACAGCGUAUUCACACUAUGGGAGCCUCCUAUCAGAAGAAUCCCUCCAAGUCUGUGGUCCAGACUCUACCUGGAAAUAUCAUCAUUUCUCGUCGAACGAGAAGCAGAUGGGAUUGUUGUUCUCUCUUGGUACCACAUGCAAUUUGUCAUUGCAGCUGUGGAAAGGUAUCUAGAAAAGGAUGAUGAAUUCCACAAGAUACAUUGGAUUAUUUCUGAAUACUAUCUUGGCACCUGGAGUGGUACUGAAAAGAAGCCUUUCAAAUACACAACAAAAUUGAUGAACAGACUCAAACGAACCAGUCCAGAAAGUGCUGCAUGUCGCUAUGUACCCGAACAGCCUCUCCUUCUACGUAAAACUGGUGUUUCAGAAAGAUAUAACAGCCGCAAAUUGAGCCAACUGCCAUACAGCCUCAUCAACAGUGGUCAGUUUGGGUUGGUGAAGUCACACUGCUUUUGUAAAUUUGAAUGGAUAUACACAAAACUCAAAGCAACGUCACUACAACAAAUCAUUGCAGAUUUUACCUUGUUUGAGGACAGGGAAACAGAACUAGUUGCAGAUGCUCUCCGAAUGUCGGGUUCUGCUCUGAAGCUGGACCCUAACUGUCUAGGUCCAGAAAUCUGUGGCCGUCUCCUCCCACACGUGUCAAAGUAUCCUAUCAUAAGAAAUCUUGUCCACCAGUGUGAUUUGAUCUCUCAGUCACACUGUCCCUUGGUUCCAAACUGCCAAAUAUACAGUGCUCCUGGAGGUCCGUUACAGUACGAGUGCGAGAUUGACAACGAGAUCAAGUCAGCAGUUGAUGUAGAUGUUUUCCAAAAUCCAGAUGGAAUUUUAAUGACGGCAAAGCCUUUCUACAGUACGUGCCUGAAGGUGUGGGAAUUGACACGAGGAGAAAUACGGCAAGACAUGCAGAUGCCAACUGGGCAAGUGCACCACAGCAAAGACGGACGUUACCUCUGUAUAUUCACAAAGAAUAAAUGUGUCACAGUGUAUAAGACGGAUUGUUCUGAAGUCUAUGCAAACGUGAAUUAUGGCUAUGGGGUUGUGCUGCACGUAAAUAUCUCAAAACAAUACCUUGCAUUCACUACCGACAGGGGAGUAGGCCCAAUAGUGAUUGACUUGGAAAUGGGCAAAGUGUUGCAUAAAUUUUCCUUUUAUGCUCACACUGUGGCCAUUAGUCCAAAUGAGUCAUUUCUUGCCUUCAACUCUGGUAGAUCAGUCCUUCUGUAUUCUUUGCCUUUGAUGGAAAGGAAGUGUGUUGGCCAGACAAGCGAUGAUCCUGUGCAAAUCAUAUUCACAAGCAAAGCUGCCAAGUGUUUUGUACUCACUCAGACUAAAUUUUUAGAGUCAGUCCAGUUUGACGUUACUAAUCGAGUAUCCAAAACUCAUGGUGUUAUUCAUGAUCUGGAAAUCAAGGAAUUCACCUUGUCUCAUACUGAAAAAUAUAUCUUGGUACGGUCAUUGCGAUGUUUAUACAUCAUCGGCACAAUGCACCAAAACAUCAUACAUCGCAUUCAACAAAUGCCACCUGGGACGUUUACAGAAACAAUGUCUACAUUUUCAGGAGCAGGCUUUACACCAAAGGACGUCAUGGUUGUGGCAUCUCGGUAUACGUACAUUGCCGUGUGGAACACGGAAACAGGUGAACCUGUGAGACUCCUGCAGGCAUCAGUUUCACCCAUAGUGAAGCUCUUUACAUCAAACGUUUUGAACAAGGCUGUCAGUUUUCUCCAGGACAACAUAUUGCAAGUCUGGAAUCUGGACAACCUAGAUGCAGACAUCCAGCACGCAAAUGAAGUGAUCAAGGGACCUGUGUUGUCUCUUGACAUUUCAACUCGAUCGAGUAAGAUCAUAUGCAGUGGCAAUAAAAUUGCAGAUGCAAAGAUCCUGAACACGGCCAAUGGAACUGUUAUAGCAACUCUGCAACACAGCUGUGAACUGGGAGACUACAUUACUGAUGUCAGAUUGUCGCCACUUGGGAGAUAUGCUGUAACUAAAGCAGUAAUAUCCGAUAGAGGUGAAGAUGCCAUCAUUGGAUGUAAAUUUCUGACAGAUGACAUCAUAUGGGAUAUGAAGACUUUGAAAAAGAUCUAUCAAGUGAAGGCUUGCAGAUAUGUGUCCUUCAAUGAGUCAAGCUCACUGAUAUGCAUCACAGAGAUUCUCUUCUACAAUCCUUAUGAUUGGGUGUCCAAUGACUACACCAUUACCAUCUUACGACCAGAAACAGAUGGUACACUGACAGCAAAUCAGUACAAAUUGCCUGAGUGGUCAGAAUUUCUGACCAAACCAAUAUUGUAUUCUGGCACCCAGAAUGAUGACAUCCGUUAUGAUGCAGUUAUAACUGUGAUUCAGACCUGUAUAAAAUCCUACCAUCAAGUGACAAGAGUUGAGGUAUCCAGGUCAUUUGAACAAAAACUUUUUAUUCAAACACUGGGUGAAAAUGCAGAGGAGAAAGUGGUUCUUGUCCAAGAUCUACUUAAACAUGCAGACCCCAAUGACAGAUUUCUUGAUGUCCGUGUUACUCCUGGUAAUCAGUUAUUUCUGAUAUAUGGCAAGAAUGUGGAGGAAGCUCCAUUCGAUAGUGACAAAGGACUUUUUCCACCACCAAACAUUCACAAAGGUGCCAUAAUAUAUGACCCCAUUACUGGAUGCAUCAUAAGACACUAUUUCAGUGUUGUGAAGCCAGAUUCUGAUCUUGCUUACACAUACUUCUCCAGUUCUGGAUCAAUUAUACUCGACAGCAACAUGAGAGUGUUUGAUCAAGUCAAAACCAAACAUAUUGCUACAAUUGGUACACAGUUCAAACCUAACUCUCCACAACUGGCACUAGAUGGGAAAUACGUCAUUGGUCUUUCAAAAGAUACCAGUUCUGUACUUGUUGUCAGAACAAGUGAUGGCCAAAAGAAAGGAUGUCUGUUUGUACAUGGUCAUGCAACUUGCUUGAAGGUGGCAAGUGAUGACAGAACUGUGAUUGUGGGAUGUUCUGACGGCAGAGUCAUGAUUCUCAGUUUAAUUCUUGAACUGAGUGACCCAUGCAGAGAAUAUAUUGAUAAACUGCCAAGCAGAAAGUGUAUUAAGCAGAUGUCCUUGAUGAAGCUGGACCUCGACAAUAUCUGCACUACUACUCCAGAGCUGGUUCGUUUGUCACAGAAACUGCGUGAUAAGAUGAAAACAUCUGUACGCAAACAGCCCAGCUUUCAGACUUUAACGACAGCAGUGACACUUACAAAUCGUGCAAACAGAAUGAAGUCCACUGCCUGUUGUAUACAGUGAUAGAUAAUUAACUGGAAAUUAGAAAGCUGUAGAAUCAUGAAAUGUUUGUUGCGUAACUACCUUUAGCAUUAACAUAUCAGACUGGUGGUAAACAAAAACGUAACAUUUCAACACAUUGUUUCUUUACAAUUAUGUAGGUAACGGCAGGCACGAGACUAAACAUUCAGUUUUGUGGUUUGUUAUCGUUAUAAAAAUGUACAGUAUAAUAAUGCAUUCAUGGAUUCAUAGGUUUCAAAGAAUGUGAAAUACAAUACGAAGAAUAAACUUGAAGAUAAUUAAUUAACAUGCAUUAUCCAAGAAUAAGUAUUAUGGAUUGUUUGGGAAAGUAUUCUUUGUGAAUGAAAAUCUGAAUACAGCAAUUCUUGUUAAAUGGAAUGCUUCAGCAUUCAUCCUCGUAGUGUACUGGAUAAAACUUAAUAAUUAGUUUAUGGUGAGAGUUAUCUUGUUGGUUGUCCACUUUUUGGUGUGACGUCAUCGUUAAACCCAGCCAGUGCUCCAUUCUAGGAUUUCCAAUACAAGACCACAAUGUGUAGAAUGAGUAUGUGAUGUACAUCUCACUAAUUAAAACAUGAUGUGUGGAAGCAGAUUCUUUUAUGAUUCUCAAGUCGUCUAGAUCAUAUGCCACAGAUAACCAAUAGUUUGCGAUUUACAAUCGCUUAGUGUUUAAACAACCAUUUCUUUCCAGAAUAUAUAUUAGUCACAUAUUUUUCAUAUCCGGAAAUGGGCUUUAUACAUAACUCUUAAUAAAACCCAAAUAGCAAUUGAUAAUUCAAUUUUUGUUUCGCAUUACUCAUUUAUAUCAUGUAAUUAAAUAUUUGUUGAAAUUUAUGAUUAACUAUAUUAUUUAUUUUGAUUAUAAUACAUGAAUUCAGCUGGAUAAAUUACCUCACAAAUGAAA